GCCGCGGCGUCUGCAGGCCCGGCGGGACGGGACGGGAGCGCAGCGCCUGGCUGGAUGCGGCGGCCCCCACGGGCGCUCUGAGACCCGCAAGAUGAGCGCUGCUCUGCCCAGCCUGCUGGCCUGGCUGGCGGUGCUGCUGCUCGGGAGGGCGGCGCGCCCGGCCGACGCCUGCAGCUGCUCCCCGGUGCACCCGCAACAGGCCUUCUGCAACGCCGACCUGGUGAUCAGAGCAAAGGCUGUCUCCGGAAAAGAGGUGGAUUCUGGGAAUGAUGUUUAUGGGAAUCCGAUCAAACGGAUCCAGUAUGAGAUCAAGCAGAUAAAGAUGUUUAAAGGACCUGACAAGGACAUAGAGUUAAUUUACACAGCUCCCUCCUCGGCUGUGUGCGGGGUGUCGCUGGACACCGGCGGGAAGAAGGAAUAUCUCAUUGCAGGCAAGUCCGAAGGCAACGGCAAGAUGCACAUCACACUGUGCGACUUCAUCGUCCCUUGGGACUCCCUGAGUGCCACUCAGAAGAAGAGUCUGAACCAGCGGUACCAGAUGGGCUGUGAGUGCAAGAUCUCCCGCUGCCCCUCCAUUCCGUGCUUCGUCUCCUCGUCGGACGAAUGUCUCUGGACAGACUGGGUGACGGAGAAGAACAUCAACGGGCGACAGGCUAAGCAUUACGCCUGCAUCAAGAGGAGUGACGGCUCGUGCGCGUGGUACCGUGGCGUAGCCCCACCCAAGCAAGAGUUUCUCGACAUCGAGGACCCCUAAGCUGAAUAGCUGCGUUCCAGUACCCAAUAGAAAGGCCUGCAAGAAAUUAGACUGGUCCAUCUCUGACAUCACUUCCUGGAAACAGCAUGAAAAUACAGUAUCCCAAGUGGGUCCCAAUCGGGUGAUUAAAUGCCACGUGCUUCCAAAGUGGGGUGAGGGGCCACACCGUUGUAUUUAGUUCCCAGCAGUGCUUUCCAAUUCCUUCCUUUCACAGAUGCAGUGGGGCAUGGGAUGGCUUCAUACUAGUCAGGGGAGAAUCCUGAACCAGCCGGACUUUGAUCCAUGAGAUCCCAGUGCUGUUCUGGAGGAAACCAGAAUGCUCGAGGGUCGAUGUGUCUCAUUCUGUGUAGCAGGCCUACCAGGUUCCCCUCACCUGGGGCUGGAGUGUCCCUUGCUUUGGGUAGCUCCUACCCCUCGAUCCCCCAGCACAUUGGCGUCUCUUUUUUCAAACAGCCUUCUCCACUGCCAGAGAGAGACCAGCAUUCCCCAAAUCUCCUUUGUAAGCCCUCUAGUCCCACUGCUCCCCUGGUCACACGCACCCCCACCUCUUGGGCUAGAAGGGAGAGUCAGCGAAAGGUAGCACUGGCUGAGAGUCCCAGCUGGACUGCAGGCACCAGGAAAGGAUUCGGCUCUAGCGAAGUCUCCUUAGCCUUUAUCAAGUAAGAUAAAGGCUCUUUGCACUGACAGUGUCCCUGUGAUCCCCAGCAUCAGCAGAAGCAUCUUUUGAGGGGGACCGGAGGGUCCCCUUCUCACUCAUUUGCAAGCACUGUUGUUGUUUCAUGCUUCCCUCCAAGUCAUUGGGUGCUGAGGUUGGACCCCUGGGGUGGCGCAUGCGUGAGACCCCUGCAGGCUUCGGUCCUGCACCUUCAUCCUGGCAGUCUAGUAAAGAAAGCAAAUCCCCUGGUGGGUAUGUGUAUGCCUUGCUGUGGUGUAGCUGCCGGAUCUGUGUCCUAGUGCAUGCUUGUGCCGUCCACAUAGUGCUAAUGCCAAGUUCCAGGUUAGGGGAAGGGUUUGGUUACUGUUUAGCCUGUAGGAUUAUGCAAACAGCAGAGGUAUUAUUGUGAAUUCAUUGCUCAGCAGGACAAUGAACUGAGAGCGCUCUAGCCCCACAGACAGUGGCAUGCUGACAAUGACCCAUAGCCGCUUCCCUUGCCGAGAGCCUUUAUCCCCAGCAAGUUGUGUGAAUCCAGGAGCUGGCGAUCGGAGGCUUAUUCCAAGUGUUCUGCCGAGAAACACAGCGCGCUGAGAGAGACCCCACAGGACGAGGUAUUUUUAUACCCACUGAUGGCUGUUUGCUGAUCGCGGUUGUGAGGCUCAUGACAGUGAGCUGUAAUAACAGUAAAGAUUCACACACAGACACAGAGCCAGCCUCUGGCUGCUACAUCCUUCUGUGAAACCCGCCCAGCCACCCGCAACCCCAGUCUUCUUCCGAGCCGGUUUCCUUUCUCUGAGGCACUAGAGCGCUGCAUAGCUAGCCCACCUGGAAUGCGCCCAGCACAGACCUUGGUGAGAUAAAACAGAGAGAUCCUGGCUAAAGCAGGUUUGGAGAGUCCUGAAAUUAUCCCUGCAGACCAGCUUCAGGGGCAUUUUCAUGCUGUGCAUCGGUGUAAGAUUUUAAUGAUGUCAUAUUGGACCAGUCUGGGUGACUUCAAUAUAUAAAAAUGAAGAGGGGAAAAAACUAAUCAAUUCAAUAUAUGACUCCUGUUUGCUUACUGUAUGGUUAUAUCAUAUGUGACAUUUACUCCUGUCUCUGAUGAUGCUCUAUCUUUGAUUUUAAUAUUUCAGUUUGUUUUGGCAUCCGCUGUAUCAUUCCUGUGCUGUAACUUUUUUAAUUUCCUUGUUAGGUAUUAGAACUGCACUUAUUUUUUUAAACGCAUUUCUGCAUUGGAAGCAUUCAACAUGAAGUGGGAAGAGUAUCAAAGUCUGUGGAGGGUUGAGUCCUCCAGAUUUUUCUAUUUGUUUAUUUUCCCUCCUCCCUCCUUCCCAUCCCCCUCUUCUGCCAAGUGCACAAGUCUUCAGAAGUUGGAUUUGGAGAUGGGAUGUACCAUACGUUUGCCUCUUGCUAGUUUGUCUCCAAGGCCUUGCUGAACAACAAUAUCACGGCUGUCGGCAAGCACGAUAGGUGAGCCUCACACAAAAUAAUUGCAAAAAUCUCUCUCUAUAUAUAUGUCAAGUAUAUGAAGGAUGCUUGAUUGGCUUUUUUAAUUUAUGUCUUCUGUUCUCGGUUCCAUUCUCUGCCCUUCCUUCCUAGCUCCAGUCUCCUCCUCCAUGCAAGCAAUUCAAAAUAUUUAAAAAAAUAAAAAGUUUACAUUAUAGUUAUUUUCAAAUCUUUGCUUGAUAAGUAUUAAAAAUAAGGAGUAUCUAACUUGCUGCCAUAAUUUAAGGCUUUUGGGUGGGGUUUUUGUUUGGGUUUUUUUGGAGCAAUAUGUUUUUUUGCUGGAAUCUGAAGUCUGAGACCUUCUUGUGCUGGAAACACAUGAAAGUUGUUGAAUAAUGACAAGCAGACUGUGCAUGUCUCUGAUGCUUUGUAUAAUUCAUAUGUGGACAUUCAGUCUUUGGACAAUAAACAGUAUUCUAAAAAAUUA